AUGUCGAAGCGAUCAAGUACCGGCGCCUCCAACGGCGGUCUCGACAAGGACGCGUCUCUCGUCAACCAGCCCGCCGUGGACAAGCAAAAGACGCUGCUCUCCGCCGAUGUUGGCCACUUUUCUCUCGUCCGCGCCAUGCAUUUGGCCGAUCUCAUCACCCUCAUGAAUGGCUUCUGCGGUGUUAUGUCCAUCUUCUCCUCCCUGCGCUACUGCCUCGACGCCGACCCCGCCGCCCACGGCAACAUCUGGCUGGCCCUCACCUUUCUGCCCUUUGGCUUCUUCUUUGACGCCUUUGAUGGCAAGGUGGCGCGCUGGAGGAAGAAGAGCAGCCUCAUGGGCCAGGAGCUCGACUCUCUGGCCGAUCUCAUCUCCUUUGGUGUCGCCCCGGCCAUGGUCGCAUUCACCAUUGGCCUCCGGUCCGUCGCUGACACAGUCGGCCUCACCUUUUUCGUUCUCUGCGGCCUCACCCGCCUCGCGCGCUUCAACGUCACCGUUGCCGUUCUGCCCAAGGACAAGACGGGCAAGAGCACAUACUUUGAGGGCACCCCGAUUCCCACUUCGCUCGCCCUCGACGGCAUCAUGGCCUUCUGGCUGCGCAGCGGCUGGAUCCUCGACAAUGUUCCCUGGGGCGUAUGCUUUGCGGGCACGCCCUUCGAAUUUCACCCUGCCGUGCUGCUCUUUAUCGUCCAUGGAUGCCUCAUGACCAGCAAGACUAUCCGCAUACCUAAGCCUUAG